CCUGCCUCGCGACCACAUCCAUCUAGUUCACAGCUCCAGCCUGCCGGCUGCAGCGCAAGCGCUGGGCGGCUGCCUAGCAUGUCCGACUGUCCCUAUGCCGAGCUCGGCGUCGCGCCCUCGGCGUCGCAGCGCGAGAUCAAGGUGGCCUACCGCGCACGCGCUCUCGAGACGCACCCUGACCGCGCACAAGCGGACGACAAGGAGGCCAGCGCCGAGCGCUUCAAGCGCGUCUCACGCGCGUACGAGACGCUCUCCACGCCCGCGCUGCGAGCCGAGCACGACGCCCGGGCUGCGUCGGCAAGCUCAUACGGCGAGCCAUCUGACAGGAGCUACCGGCGUGCGCCACAGCAGCGAGACCCGUUCGAGCUCUUCAAUGCCUUCUUCCACUCGGACUACGGCGCCCCAGCGCCGCCGCCGGCCUCGCGCAGCUUCUUCAGCGGGCCCGAAGACUUCUUUGGGCCGCCGUUCUCCGCAUUCGCUCCGCCACGCCGCGAUCCGUUCGAUGACCCCUUCUUUGCCAACCACCGGCGCAUGGCCGAGUCGUUUGGCUUCGGAUUCGGCGCACCAGGCUUCGGCAGCAGCGGCAGGUCCGCCGCGCCCUUUGCUGGCUUCGAGAGCGCGCAGUCCUCUUCGCACAGCACGUCGUGGGGCGAGAGCUACAGCACGAGCUCACGGACCGUGAAUGGCCGCACGCAGACGGAGACCACACGCCGCGAUGCGCAGGGCAACGAGACGACGCACAUCGUGGCGCCCGACGGCCAGCAGUGCGUCUUUUUCAACGGCAUGCUGCAGAGCGACCAUCCUCUCCUGCACCAGCGGGCCGACCGCUCGGGCUGGGCCAGUGCCCUGCCGUUCUGGCGCUGAGCCCCGCGCACGCACCACUUCGGCCUGCGUCUUGCAAGGCCAACGCCAAGCACCGUUCCCUAGUCACGAUCUAUCAAUACCACAGGCUUCUCACUCGUG